AUGGCAUUGAAUUGGUCUCAACAUGGCGGCUUAGUGAAGGGGAUAAGAAGAAAUUCGAUGUACACUGGACACGAUUCGAGCAGUACCUAUCUCCAAAAAGCAACUUUCUCCUUUCCAGGUUCAAGCUACGAACAACAAAACAAGAGCCAGGUGAGACUGUUGAUUCUGUUGUUAAGAAGAUUAGAAUACCUAAUGAUGAAUGCCAUUUUACAAACCCUGAUGAACAUAUCAUAGGCGCUCUUAUUUUUGGCUAGUCAUCAAAACGUACAAAGUCAAAACUUUUGGAAUAUGAUAAAACUUCAUAUGAGGAAGUUACAAACAACCAAAUGAAAAGUGUAAGUUCAACUCAUAUAGAUGCCUUGAAGCAUUCUCGAAGGUCAUAUACCAAACCUCGAGGUCCACCCAUUUGUAUGUGUGGGAACUGGACGUGGUACUGAGCAUAAUAUUUCAGAUAAAUCUUUAUGCCCUGCAUAUGGCACAAUUUGCAAGGUAUGUGGUAAGCAAAAUCAUUGGAAAAGAGUGUGUCGUUCGAAGUUAACGAAGAAGAACCCCUUCCGAAAUAAAGUGAACAGACUUAAAAGUCAAGAUAAGCUGAGAAACAAGAAAAAGCAGAUUGAUGCCAUCCAGAAUGCAGAUUCCAGUGGCUCCCCAGCAACACCAGUGGUGGAGCAGUUGUAUUUUUAUACCUUAUCGAUUAAUCAGAUGUCAAAGAGCAACACCCAAACACUCGUCCAAGUACAGGUGAACUCAUCUCAAGGUGCCAAGCCUCUGUGGUGCAAAGUGGAUACCGGUGCAGAAGGUAAUGUCAUUUCUGUAGAAACAUAUAAGAAUUAGCUGCAUCCAACAGUAUAUCAUGUAAUGCCAAAGGUGUACCCUUGAAUUUAACACGUUCUAACACAGUUAUCACUGCUUAUGGUGGUCAUUCUGUCCGCCAUUUUGGAACUUGUGUUCUGAACUUGUCCCAUGAUUUUCACUCUAAGCCAUAUGUCUUUCAUGUAGUAGACACUGUUGGACCUACAAUGCUUGGGUUGCCAACAUGUACUGAUUUGAAUCUGAUUACCCUAAACUACAGUAUUACCACUCAGUCAAAGGAACUACAACCAUUGUGCCCCAAACCACCAUCGACCAGAAAAUCAGCUGCAAAAGAGAACCUUAUCAAGCAUUAUGGCGACUGCUUCGAAGGAAUUGGGUGCUUCCAAGGAGAAUUCCACAUCAUCUUGUAUCCUUCAAUACCCCCUGUGGUACACCCUCCACACAGAGUUCCAGAAGUCUUAAGGGAACCUCUAAAGAAGGAACUUGAUUCUUUGGUUGAACAAGGAAUUAUUGCUAAGGCGGAACAGCCUACCGAUUGGGUCAACUCUUUGGUUUGCGUCAUGAAGAGUACUGGCAGUCAAUGGCUGUGUUUGGACCCAAAGGAUUUGUAUCGUGCAAUUAAGUGCCAUCACCAUUUUACUCCGUCCCUGGCCGAUGUUCUCUCUAAGUUGAAUGGUACAACAUGUUUUUUUAUUAUCGAUGCACGCAGUGGUUACUGGAACAUUAAAUUGUACCAACAAAGUUCACGCUACACAACCUUUAACUCGCCCUAUGGAAGAUAUAGAUUUCUUCGAUUGCCAUUUGGGUUGGUAUGUGCACAAGAUAUCUUCCAACGAACGGUCGAGGAAACCUUCAGUGGUUUAACUAGUGUGACCUAAAUAAGGUCCCAGGUAUUGCAACCGGCCCCAGGUAUUGCAACCGGCCCCAGGUAUUGCGACCGGCCCCAGGUAUUGAGUUAAUCACUAUUUAACUACAAAAUGGUGAUUAAAAAAGUGAUUAAAAGUUUUAUACAACCGACCCCAGGUAUUGCAACAACUACAUUAUGCUCACCAGGGCGCUGAGAAGUGUAAGUUAAGAGCUAAAGAAUCAGUCUUCUGGGAAAACAUCAAUCGAGAUAUUGAAGAGAUGGUCAAGAGUUGUUCACCCUGUUAACACCAUCAGCAUUUGAACACUAAGGAACACCUUGUGUCACAUGAUGUCCCUCCAGGACCAUGGCAUACCCUGCGCUCAGAUGGCUUUCAUUGGAACAAUGCUGAUUAUUUGCUUGUCACAGAUUAUUAUAGCAAAUUCCCUGUCAUUCGCAAACUACCAAACCUCCAAUCAUCAACUGUUGUUGCCAAUCUCAGAGCUAUCUUCGAGGAACAUGGUAUUCCAAGCAAGAUUAUUUGCAACAAUGGCACACAGUAUACCUAAUCUACCUUUCAAGAAUUUAGUCGUGCGUAUGGUUUUACACACGUUACAUCAAGUCCUCAAUCUAAUGGUCAUAGUGAAAGAGCAGUACAGACGGUAAAACGAUUGUUGCAGAAAUGCAAGGAUUGUAACCUUGAUCCUCACUUAGCUAUGCUGUGCUUGCGAAACACUCCCCUGAGUCACGAUCUUCCAUCACCUGCAGAACUAUUAAACUGCAAAAUCUACCAAACCAAUCUACCGGCUGUAUCAAGUCCAUCGUGUUCUGCUGGCGGAGAUUCCAAUGUGAAGUUACAACAUCGAGAAGACCAGCAAAAGAUUCUGUAUGACAAGUCAUCAAAGUCUUUACCCACACUUCCAGCGCGCAGGCCUGUUCGCUUUUUGAUCCUGGGUCUAACGUCUCAUGGCAGCCUGGUACUAUACAAGGUAGCGUCUACCCCUCGGUUGUAUGUGGUAGAGACAGAAAGAGGUUCAUUCCUGCGAAGAAACCGAAAACAUCUUCGUCCAACUGGUGAAAGUUUUAGCGGUGACAAUGAAAUCCAGCUCAGUGAUAACAUUCCGUCUGAAGUUAGCGAUACAAGUGAGGAUUUACAAGCUGAUGAUGCAACGAAUCAAAUGUCAACCAGUGAAGAUCUCGCAGUUCAAAGUACAGCGAAUGCUGUCCCUGCUCCUGAGCUUCGAAGGUCAAGUCGAAGAAAUUAA